UGCAGUAAGUUGCGGGCGGUUGUUGCUGGCGUGGCGCUUGCUGGUCGCGCAGGGAACUUUAACACGCUGGAUCCCAAAGUCCGUCUCUCUUACCUGCGCAGUUCGGAGCUGCCAUGGAUUUCGCGCCCGGAUUUACUAUCCUAAUCACACUUCCGAUUUUUCUCCAGACGAAUGGCCUUUAUAUCGCCAGUAGCAUAGAUUCCCUGCAGCAUGUACUGGGGGACUAUGGACUGGUAAAGCCCGUUCUGACGGAUGCAGAAGGCCGCUUCCUGUCGCACGCGGUAUCGGUUGGUCCAGCAAAUGGGCAGUUCCGUAGGCGCUGGAGAAGAGAGGCGGCAAUGGCCGACCACGCCCCCCACGAAUCUGAAGAAGGCACGCUUGACCGGCUCUACUACAACGUCACCGUCUUCGGCCGGGAAUUUCACCUGCGUCUGCAUCGCAACACGCGACUGGUGGCUCCCGGAGCCAAGAUGGAGUGGAGCGAGUCCGGCAGCAUGCACUCCGAGCCUCUGAAGAGCGACUGCAUGUAUGUGGGUGACAUUACGGACAUACAGGGAGCCUCAGUAGCUAUUAGUAACUGCGACGGUCUGGCGGGGAUGAUCAGAACCGAGCAGGAGGAGUUUUUCAUCGAGCCGGUGGAAACAGGACAUCAUGUGACAGAGCAGGAGAAGGACAGUGGUGGACGUUCUCACAUUGUGUACCGGACGGCUGCUGUGAAGAAGCCUCCUGUUAGCCCGCUAGCCGCAGACUUCCACUCCAAAGGUGCCGGUCUGGGCGGUCUGAUGGAUCUUGAGACUCUCUAUCAGGGUGUGGAGCGAAGCAUAAACCAGAGCCGGCGAGCCCGCAGACAGUCCCCCGAGCGAGCGUACAACAUCGAGGUUCUGCUGGGGGUGGAUGACUCCGUGGUGCAGUUUCACGGGGAGCAACAUGUGGAGAAGUACCUCCUCACUCUUAUGAACAUUGUGAACGAGAUCUAUCAUGACCAAUCUCUUGGGGCACGAAUUAACGUGGUGCUAGUCCGGAUUGUUCUGGUGGAUGCCAAAAAAUCCACGAGCCUCAUUGAGCUAGGCAACCCAUCCCAGAGUUUGGAGAAUGUGUGUCGCUGGGCUUUUGAACAGCAGAGGAAGGACACCAAUGAUAAAGAAUACCACGAUCAUGCCAUCUUUCUCACUCGCCAAGAGUUCGGGCCCACGGGAAUGCAGGGUUACGCUCCUGUCACAGGCAUGUGUCAUCCCGUGCGGAGCUGCACCCUCAAUCAUGAGGACGGUUUCUCUUCUGCUUUUGUGGUGGCGCAUGAAACCGGCCACGUGUUGGGAAUGGAGCAUGAUGGGCAGGGGAAUCGUUGUGGAGAUGAGGUGCAGAUGGGGAGCAUCAUGGCCCCACUAGUGCAAGCUGCUUUCCACCGGUUCCACUGGUCCCAUUGUAGUCAACAAGAACUAGGCCGCUACCUAAAUUCAUACGAUUGUCUACGUGAUGACCCGUUUGAGCACACGUGGGAGGAGCUUCCAAUGCUGCCCGGACUGCAUUAUUCCAUGAACGAACAAUGUCGCUUUGACUUCGGGGCAGGAUACAUGAUGUGCACAGCGCUGCAAAAGGUGGGGCCUUCCGGAGCCCAGUACCGCACCUUUGACCCCUGUAAGCAGCUUUGGUGUGCUCACCCGGACAACCCCUUCUUCUGCAAGACCAAAAAAGGACCGCCCAUUGAUGGCACUACGUGUGGAGACGGGAAGCACUGUUUUAAAGGGCACUGUGUGUGGCUGACUCCAGACAUCAUUAAACAGGACGGAAGCUGGGGCAUGUGGAGUGAGUUUGGCGCCUGCUCUCGCCCCUGCGGCAGGGGAGUGCAGUUUCGUACGCGAGAUUGCAACAAUCCACUUCCAGCUAAUGGUGGACGUUCUUGCUCUGGCCCGAGUUAUAAGUUCCAACUGUGUAACACUCAAGCGUGCGAGGACCCCUACCAAGACUACAGAGCCGAGCAAUGUAGCAUGAUGGACAACAAGUUUGAGUACCAGAAUACCCGGCACCACUGGCUGCCUUAUGAACACCCUGACUCCAAGCAACGCUGCAAAUUGUACUGUCAAUCCAAAGAGACUCGAGCUGUAGUCUACAUGCAGACUCUAGUGGAACCUGGAACACAGUGCUCCUACAAAGAUCCCUACAGCAUGUGUGUGUACGCAGACUGUGAGAAAAUGGGCUGUGAUAAUGUGGUCGGAUCAGCUCUACUUGAAGAUAAGUGUGGGGUCUGUGGGGGGGACGGAACCAAGUGCGAAACUCACAAGUUCAAUUUCACCUUCGUGGAGAAAAAAGGUGUCAUUAAAGUGCUGGAUGUUCCCCGAGGGGCGAGGCACCUCCUUAUCCAGGAACUCAAUGGGACUUCUCAUAUUUUAGCUGUCAGGAAUAAGGCAUCAGGUGAUUUCUUUCUCAACGCACACGGUGACUUCCCGGAGACACGCUCAGUUAUAGAGAAAGGGCUCGAAUGGGAGUAUGAAAAUAAAAACAAUAAGGACACCAUUCAGAUGAACGGACCUCUGAAAAAUGAUGUGGUUGUCAUGAUCCGAAUGCAUGGGACGGCCAAGGCGAAGGUGUCAAUCAAAUACAUCACUGACAGUGACAGGCUGAGUGACAGUGCCAAUGAAAACAACAUGGUGCCAGAUUAUGCUGUGCCAUAUUCCUGGAUGGUGAAGAGGUGGACUCCCUGUUCAAAAACCUGUGGAGGAGGUAUUCAGAUUACACGGUACGGCUGCCGAAAGAACGUAGACAUGAGGAUGGUUCAUCGCAGAUAUUGCGAGAAAGUCAGGCAGCCUCCACCAAUGUUUCGAGACUGUAACCUGAGAGAGUGUGCUCAGCCCAUCUGGGUGGCUGGAGAGUGGAGCGAAUGCAGUAAAUCUUGUGGGAAGACGGGCAGUCAGACACGCUCAGUUCGCUGCGUGCAACCUCUUGGCGACAGCAAGUUCAAAUCCAUUCGCAGUCGAUACUGCAGCGACGAGCGCCCGGAGUCCCGCAGGGACUGCAACCGCAACCUGUGUCCCGCUGAAUGGAGACUGGGACCCUGGUCACAGUGCUCUGUCACAUGUGGCAAUGGGACUCAGGAGAGGCAUGUGCUUUGCCACACUCGUGACAACACCAUCGGACUCUGUUUGGACUCUAAACCAGCGGCAUUUAGACCCUGCAGAAUGGAUCCCUGCCUAAGAAGCACUUCCGACUUCAACAGGCAUGGCAACUUCCUGAUACAGUGGUUAUCGCGUCACGACCCGAAAUACCCCGUGCAGAGGAUGACAAGAUACCGUUGCUAUGGCGACCGUUCUACGUUCUGUCGUAUGAAUGUGCUGCAGCAGUACUGCUCACUGCCAAGCUUCCAACGUUUGUGUUGUAAGUCAUGCCGACCUGGGAGUUCCACAAAGACCUCGGCAACUACAAGUAAGCCGCUGUCCCCAUCGACAAAACCUAACCAGGGAAGAUCAACUUCCAUCACAACCCGUGCUCCCACACGCACAGAGACCAGCACAUCUUUUCAGAAAAUCUCCACAAGUAAUUUUCUGGGAUCUAGACCAGAGAAAGAUGUUACUUCAGUUGGCACGCCUUGGUUUUAUAAGUCUGUGUCGACAAGUACUCCUGGAUACACUGCAGCUCCUGAUCACCAAUACACCACAACUCGCAUCCAAGUGCAUGCUACUCUGGAUCUCCUGUCAGAUGAGAACACAACAUAUGUCAUUCCCACAUCAGAUCCUACCACCGUCUGGUUUGCGAGGAGUGAUAUUCCACUUGUGGAUGACAAAGAAUUAAUCAUUUCAGACCUGCCGGAUGUCAGCGCUCCCGUGACGUUCACUGCAGAGGUGGCAGUUACCACUACAACACCCACUCCAAAGAAAGUAACUUUGACAGUGGCAACAUCUGGUACACCGCAGGAAUCUUCGACUACAAUAACAACGAUUACAGAGUCAGCGAAGAUGACCAGACGGCCAAAAAAGGUGGAUGAAACAAGCGAAAGCAAUGCCAUUGAUAUACCAUACCAAACAGUGCCAUUCGACAACGAGUUUCAUCAGAACAACAUCAUUUCCCGAAGAGGAUUCGUGUUUCUGCAUGAGAGAACGCGAAAUAAACGCAUCCAAGAACUUCUUGAGGAGAAGCGGAACCUUUUGAUGCGGAUGAAAAGGGCGCAGGGGAUUUAAACCCCAGUUUCUCUUAUAGAGAUACAUCUGAGGCUGUCAAAGGCUACGUCUGAAUCCAGACACCUUCUUGGUGCUUGAGUCAAGAACUGGAAAAUGGCCACAAUAUCCUCGCUCACACUCUUUUUAAAGUGCUGUAAGCUAUUUUAGACAAUACGCAAAGUUCUGCUAAACUCUACUAAAUUAGAUCCCUUUAAGCACACGCCAUCUCACCAAAACUCUGCCUCCAAAUGAAGUCAUUAACCGGAAAGGCAAAAUAAUGUUUAAUGAGGGUUUUUAAAAUGGUCGGGUGUGAGUUCUCAGAACAUCAAUUUUAGUGAUAUCUGUCAGGUAGGACAUUUCUGUGUGCUUUUUCCAAAGAAAUGUGUUCUGCAACACCUAUAAGUGGUAUGGCAAACUGAUUUUUGUGGAACAGAACCACUAGCUAAUGUUUGCACAGUUGCUUUGAACCCCGGUCACGUCCAUUCACAACAUUUUACUGAAGUAAUCUUUAGCAUGAAUGAGAGUAGGUUUCAUUAUAAUUUGCACUAGUCUAUCCUUCUCAAAUUCUUUCACUCCAAAUAUGCUUAAUGACAGACAAGAGGCACAUACUGUUUUUUCUUAAAAUGCAUGAAAGUGUUGUAAUAUUCAGGUGUUACUAGUUUAACAUGUACUUAUGGCUACUGUAUGUUUCAGCUGAAGAUACAUACAUAUAAUAACAGUGUCUAUUCAUUCUAAAUGGGUAUGAAAUGUGCUACCUUUGGUGGUGAUGUGGCACAUUAAUACAGUACAUUACCAUCUUUCAUUUGACUCCAGUAAUAGAACUGCAGAGUAAAGCUCAAACUCAAACACUGCAUCAUUGUAGACUGACAUUACAUACAGUUAAAAAAGACAUUUAUCAGUCAUUAAAUUCUUGCAAUCUCUCCUGACUUGAGUGUAUCUAUGAUACAGAAACUGUGCCAAUGUUAUUUUUAAAUGAGGAGUCAAAUGAUGUUGAAACCAAAUUCAGGGAUUCACCAUACUUACACAAAUUAGAGUUUUAUGCUUUCGAAGUGUUUCUUUGCGGCAUUAUUCAAUCUUUUGUUGAAAGUUUAUCAAGCCAGAUCAGAUUUUUAUUGUUGAGAUAUUGACAUAUUGUGAGAAUCAUCUACCCAGUCCUCAAAGUUCUAACCAUUUACUUUUGUGAAAAGCAGAAAAAAAUGUCAAAAACAGAAAUAAAUUGUUUGUUGCAAAAA